GGUAAUUUCCACUGUGCCCGCACACUAAAAGAGCUUCGGUGUCCUGGCGGGUAUUUCUAUAUCCAAUGUUUGCAAUCACUUCUAUUACUACUAGUCUAGUAUAUCUUUCGCAUCUCGUUCCCACCUAUUCUUGGAUUCCACAAUAGCCUUGGCUUGGGACACAUCUCCCUCUGGAUCCUCUUUCUCGUUGCUCAAGCUGGAUCCUCAAUGCACUACCGGGCUGGGAACUGAGUCUUGUGCCCCAGGAAGCGAGAUUAUCCGCGGGCUUUCGGAUGCCUCGACCGGUCGCACAAUACGUGCGAACGCUGUCACGACAGCGGCCUGAGAAAUUUCCGUCAUAAGGUAAUAAAUUCUCCUUGUGGGGCGCGCCCUACGCCCUACCAAAUAAAAGGAGCGGCUUGAAGAGGACAAGUUUCGAGUUUGCGCCUCCACAGCUGUGCCCGCCCCACCCGACGCCCAGACCCGAUCGCCCCGAUCUGUCUCGGAGGCGUAGAGUCGCGGCGGCUGCAGUGCAAGAUUCAUGCACGCGCUAAGGGACAAACGUCCAGAUUCACAUCCUCAUCAAGAGCCUUCCGCCAAACCCGACGACGGGCCCCGCUCGACCGCCAAACGAACACUGAGCCGCCCGUUUCUUUGACGACAUGCCGGCUUCAGCCACGAGCGAACAAUUACUUUGCAAGCCAACAGGGACCGGAUGGCAUGAUCGAUGGGCUCUGAUAAGCCGAAGAAAUCUUGUUAUCACUGCACAAAGAGGAGGAUAGUGUGUGAUCUGACAGAGCCCAAGUGCAACAAGUGCGCUAAGAAGGGGCUUGACUGCCCCGGAUAUGGCAUCAGAUAUCGCUUCGCCGACAAGAAGACAACCUCGUCAGCCGAAUUUGAGCCGGCUGAAAGCUCACGGCGCGCCUCGUCCUCGUCCUCGUCAUCGGCGUUCUCGUCUGCUGCCAAGCGCCGGCAACCUGACCUGAAAUGGGUUGACGUGUCUAGUCGAGUGAAGAGGGCGAGGGGAAGUACUGACGAGGGGCAAGGCAGAGAUGCCGCGACAGGUACAGCGCCUUCAGGCCCAGCCAGUGGGCCUUCUGGGAUCUGUUUGGAUAUCGCUCUGCAUAAGAGAGGCCCUAAACCUCCCGGCCCGGGUCGACGACCAAACGGGCGUGGAGGCCAUGAUGACCAAUUUUUGGCUGGAUAUACCGGGGAUAACUCAACUUACUGGACCUCUGAAUCUUCGUCCACGGACAGUGAUGAGAACGACGUUAUCGAAAUCACACGAACGGGUGACUUCGGCACACUAGCCUGUCCGGACUUCUCACCGAUACCGAUGUGCCUACCCUCACUACUCUCAAACCCAGACCCACGCAUACGUCUCCUCUUCAAGCACUUCUCGACCCACGUCUCGCCUGUAAUGCUCAUGUACGAUGAUGAGGCCAACGGCUAUAGACGCCAGAUACUUCCCCUCGCACAUGCUGACCCCAUCGUCGAGCGCGCCGUGUGCGUCGCCGCGGCGUUCCACCUGUCUCGACAGGUGCCGGAGCUUCGACUGCCUGCCGAAACUGGCCGUGCUGCCAUCGUCAGCAAGCUGUCGUCCGAGGUUGACCUCAGCGACUCGACAUGGGCCACCAUCAUCCUGCUCAUUGUCGCGGACCUGGUGACGGGUCAUGAACAUGUACUAACUCUUUACAAAAUGCUAAUCGCCUUCCUCGAUGCGAGAGGGAUUGGGGAGGAUGCAGAAUUACUACCGCUACAGAAAUUUCUGUAUAACCAAUCCAAACUGAUAUCAUUCUUCGCCUACCCAAUACUGGGCGAGUCCAAGGCACUGGCCGACUUCUCCAAGUUCCUCAACGAGCUCAUGGCGAGCCGCGCGCAGAUGGCCCAGCGCCAGCGCCAGAGCGUCGAGUUCCUCGUCGCCACGGACCAGCUCCCCACGAGCACCGAGGGGCUCUUCGACAUGCGCACGCGGCUGUACAUGGAGAUCACGCGGGCGGCGACGGAGAUCUACGUGCUGCGCGCGCGCAGCCCGGACGACAACCCCCUCGAGUCGGCCGGGGACAGGAGGCUGGAGACGACCGUCCUGCCGCUGCUCUCGAACCUCGAGGCCACCGAGACCGCCAUGGACGAGGCGUACAGCCCCAUCGAGAGCAUGCCGGACCGCAUCGCCCACAUCCGGGGCCUCUUUGAGCAGGUCGACCCGUCCGCCCCCGGCUCGCACACCAUCGUCUGGCCCGCGUUCAUCGCGGCGGCCGAGUCCCGCGAGGAGGACAACAGGGAGUUCUUCUCGUCGAUCCUGAGGCGGCUGUGGCAGUCGACUGGGUAUGCCAAUGUGCUGCGCGGGCUGGAUGCGCUGCCGAAGCUGUGGGAGAGGCAGGGCAAGGGCCAGAGGUGGACGGCUGCCUUGCAGGAGCUCAAGACUGUCGUGAUGUGAGGUAGCUGACUGUUGCAUGCGCGGAACUCGGUUGUGUUAUGGUGGUUGUGUUUGCAUCAUGUCGAUUCAUUAUAUUAGAGAUAUCCACGGGAAAUAAACGCCAGUUUCAAAGUUCAGCGGACGGUCUGGGCUCCACUCUACGUACUACCGUCGACGAAAACCAUCGCCUCAGAAGAUAUCCGUGACGAACCUCUCGUUCCUCAUCUGCUUGACAAAAGCAUCAACCUCCUCCGGCGUGUAGUCCUUCCCAUUCCUCUUGGCCCCGGCAGCAAUCAACCGUCUCGCCACCGCCCCAAUCCCCUUGGCCAGGCUCUUACUCCCGCAGAUAUAAAACCUCGCCCCCUCGAGCCACAGCUGGUCGAUGUCCUCCCGGUCCCUGAGCAUCCGGUCCUGCACAUACUUACACCGCUGCCCCUCCGCCUCCCCCUCCGCCUCCUCACCCUCACGCCCGCCCCCCUCGUGGUGCUGACUAAACACCCACCUGACAUCCACGGCCCCCAGCGCCGCCCAGGCUUCAAACUCCUCCCUGUAGAGCUGAUCCCGCCCCGGCCGCCGGCACCCCGCGAACAACACCGCGGGCGCCAGCGCCUUGCCGCCCUCGGCGAUGAGCGUCGCCCGCUCCUGCACGAAGCCCCGGAACGGCGCGAUCCCGCUGCCGUUGCACAUCAUCACCACGGGCGUGGCGGCCAUGUCCAGCGGGAGCCGGAAGUACCUGUUGGUGCUCCGGACCGAGACGAGGGCGCGGUCGCCCGGGGACAGGGAGCGCAUGUAGGAUCCUGCCACGCCGAGGAAGCGGUGUUCCUGUCCACAUGCACCCUUGACAUCGUGUGUCGGACCGGUGGGGGAGCCCCCGCCGUUUGGCUGGUACCAGGCCGGGGCGUCGAGGACGGCGUAUGUCAGGGUGGCGGAGGUGGGGGAGGCGAGGGGCGAGGACGAGAUGGAGUAGUGCCUGGUGCGCAUCGGCGGCAGCAGGGAGAGGAACGUGGCGAAGGGCAGGGGGAUGUCGGUCUUGUGUCUCGUCAGGAUGUCGAGGAUGGUGAUGCGCUUCUCGAUCACCUCCGCGGCGAAUGUCUCUGGGGAAAGAUAACCUGCCAGAGUCCCCUUCACGGCCGGGGAGCCGCACACCGAGGCCAUCACCUCGAUGUCCUGCUUCGUCGCCGGCUGGGAGAUCUCCACGUAGCCCUGGAGCAGGUCGAAGAUGGCGAUGGGCUUGCCAGUGGGGAGCGAGGUCGCCGAGCCCUGCUUGAUCGUGAUCAUGCCAUCCCACGGCAGGCUGAAGUGGUUCAUAACCCGCCUGACGUACUCCUUGGGAUUCAGAGGCAGCACGGCGAGGUAGUCUCCCGCGGAAUACGUCAUGUUCGAUGGGAGUUCGAUCUCGAUAUGGCGCUUCUCCGGCUCGCCAUCUGCGGUGAGGAUUUUGGUGUCGACCACGUUGGCCCAUUGCACAUUCUGUUGAAGGUGUGCGGCGCGUUCCUCGGUAGUGAGCUCGAUCUCGAUGGUCGGGACGGUGGAGAACUGGGACGAGUCUUUGGUAGACGUCAAGUAUGGGCCGAGUGCCGGCCAUAGUUUCCCAGUGGUCCAUGUCUCGAAGUCGCCGAAUGUAUCCUGCUUGCUCACGUCUGAUGAUCCACGGGCUGCGAGUCUCUCGGCGCCCAGGGCCGGAAGAAUCUCAUCUACCGACGUCGGGAUCUUCUGGAACGUGGAUGCCCAAUCGCUGUGACCACAUCCGAAGACUGCAUACUUGACUCUCUCGAGCUUCUUGGUCU